GGUGGCAGCGAGAGUGCAGCCAGCAAUGCCGCCGCGAAUACCAGCCUUGUCGUGCCUGCGGGCGCCGACGUCUUUUCCCAUCACCAAUCAACUCACUCUCCCCAUCCGAACUUUCGCCUCCACGCCGUAUGUGUACGCCGAGUCAGCCGAACGACAGAAGAAGCGCCUUGCGAACGAUCCCUACAUUGUCGCUCAGCGGAAUAGGAAGAAGGCUGCCAACCUUACGCGCCGCGCUGAGCUCGAACAAGGUCGUGUAGCGAGUCUCGGAGACCCGGUCCGUGGUGUUGCAACACCAUUCGUACAAUCGUUCGAUACCGGAAAGCCAAUUACGUACGAAGAGGGCAAAAAGAUACCGAAAGACCGGAAACACCUCAACUAUGCCUUUGAGCCCAAGACGGUUGAGCAACAGUUGCAGAGGAGCAAAGACUUGGCUGUUCCGCUGGGUAUAAUUGAGGAGACCACGGCGCCCACAACUAAAUGGUCCAAUGAUAUAUUCAGCAAAAGGGCUCAGGCGAUACAACUGUCAGCCGAGGAAAUCGAGGAGCAAAGCAAGAAAGACCAUGCUCGAGCCGCUGAGGCUAUCGCCCGCAUCACCGCUCUUGAAAACGGAUCGAGCAAAGAUCGCAUGCGUGUGAACAUCACACGUUGUGUAGAGACAUUCGGGCGCCACAACACCGAUAGGAUAUUCCCACCUAAGGCGCCAUCAUUGAGCCGGUCCGGUGCCGACGAAGUCCGCACCUUACGCCCAGAAACAAACGUUGCAGCAACCGCAAAGCGAGUUGGACCUGAUACCGGGUCGUCCGAAGUCCAGAUCGCCAUCUUGACAGCAAAGAUCAAGACACUGGCCGACUUUCUACAAGCCCGAGGAAAGGGCGACAAGCACAACAAGCGAAACCUGCGAUUACUGGUGCACAGGAGGCAGAAGUUGCUACAGUAUCUGAGACGGAAAGAGAGGGGUGGCCCGAGGUGGCAGCAUUGUAUCGAGACUCUUGGAUUGACUGAAGGUACCUGGAGAGGCGAGAUAUCGUUGUGAGAGCAACCGAAUAGAUCCUGUUCCUCAUCCUGCGUUCUUGUCCUACCACGUCUCACGAUUGCAUCGACGAAUUGUAGACAAAUGCAUCUGCUCACUAUGAGCAUCUUCGCACAUGUAUAUUAUGAGUUGUCAAAGUACCCUUGUAUGUAUACCGCUAAACGAGGUGGAUCAAGCCACGCUUGUGAUUGUUGUCUCGCCUUCCCACCUUCCCAAUUCAACCAAGUCUAGUCCCGCAUUACUUCACCCAGCUCUUGCGACU